AUGUACGACUCGUUCGACAACAUGUACCAAGCCACCAUUGGCAUCGACUUCCUCUCCAAGGCAAGCACCCACUACCGGACUGUACGGUUGCAACUCUGGGAUACGGCAGGACAGGAGAGAUUUAGAAGUUUGAUCCCCUCGUACAUCAGAGACUCGAGCGUGGCUGUUGUUGUGUACGACAUCUCAAAUGCAAAGUCGUUCCAGAACACAAAGAAGUGGAUAGACGAUGUGCGGGCCGAGCGAGGCAACGAUGUAAUUAUCGUGCUAGUCGGCAACAAGACUGAUCUUAACGACAAACGUGAGGUUACAACACAGCAGGGAGAAGACGAGGCCAAGAAGAACAACCUCAUGUUUGUGGAGACGAGCGCAAAGCUCGGCCACAAUGUCAAGACUUUGUUCCGGAGAAUAGCUCAGGCUCUGCCAGGAAUGGAGGGCACUGAUGCCGCUGGGCAAGCAGCAUCUCAGAUGAUUGAUGUCAAGACGAACACUCAAGCCCCGCAGCAGGAAGGCUGCUCCUGCUAA